AUGCGCCGGGUGCUGUUGGGCACACGUGUCACCGGCCUGCCGCUGUGGUGCGGCUGCCGUUGCUCCUCUGGUAAAACUGAAGGCCAAACAACGCGAGAUGACGGUCAUCCGUCUGCAGCUGAGGCAUCGGCACCGUCAGCGGGUGAGGCGAGGGGUGAAUAUACGAUUCCCACCGCCGAUAUCUUGCGGGCGGUGAAGCAGCGGGAUUUCAACGCCUUUCAAUCACAUGCGGCUGACAUUGUGCAGCACACAUGGAAGGAGGAGCACAGCAUCCCGGCAGUCUGCUUGCUGUUUUUUCUGAUCACGUGGUAUUGGGCGUCAAGCUCACGCCGCCGCGUCGUGCGUUCCUGCAAGGCGACCGAGGCCAAAGUGAAGGAAGAGGCAGACCAGACGCUUACUCUGGUGAACACACUUGUGCGGAAAUGGAGACAAGAUGUUCAGAGGGCGGACCAGCAGCUGCAGUUGAUUCUCGACAAGAAUAGUGAGCUAACAAAGGACAUUGACCGUAUGACAGCUGCUCUGCGGCAGUGCUAUGUAAAUGUGCCGGCCACUAAAGGAGGGCCGGCAAAGAGGGUAGCAUCGGAGUAG